CCUUUGAUUUGCUUUGUAAAGCUGCCAACAAGCGGCUCCGUUGAGUUCAAACGCAUUGUGAGGAUGCAGGCUUUGCUUUCCUGGGGGCGAGGGGCCCUUUGGCGGCAUCCUUUCCCCAGAAAAUGCGACCUCGUCGGACUCCGGACCACCGGGUCUCGCUCCUUCUCCAGAAGCCCCCGCCGCUUCGUCCCGAAGAGCGGCUUCCACGUGCCUCCCAGUGCGGAGACGCAGGCCAGGCCCGUCGGCGUCUGCUCCAUGUUCAAGCUCCCCGUCCAGAGUUCAGCCGACGGUCUGGACGCUGCCUUCGUCGGGGUCCCGCUGGACACUGGGACCUCCAACCGGCCUGGAGCAAGGUUCGGUCCGCGGGAGAUGCGGGCCGAAUCCGGGAUGGUGCGGCGGUUCAACCCGAGUACCGGCGCAGAUCCGUACCAUUCCCUCCGUGUUGCUGACAUUGGAGACAUCAGCGUCAACUUAUACAACCUUGCGGACAGCUGCAAGCGGAUCCGGGAGGCCUUCCGAAGGAUCGUGGCCGGGGGCUGCGUGCCUCUGGCGCUGGGAGGAGACCACACGAUCACCUACCCGAUCCUGCAGGCGGUGGCGGAAAAGUACGGCCCUGUGGGUUUGGUGCACGUGGACGCCCACACCGACACUGGCGACCAGGCCCUCGGAGAGAAGCUCUACCACGGGACGCCCUUCCGGCGCUGCGUCGACGAGGGACUCCUGGACUGCCAACGGGUCGUGCAGAUCGGCAUCCGGGGCUCCUCCUACUCCCCCGACCCCUACAAGUUCUGCCGGGAGCAGGGCUUCCGGGUGGUGCUUGCGGAGGACUGCUGGGGGAAGUCUCUGGCUCCACUGAUGGCAGAAGUGCGGGACCAGAUGGGUCGCAAGCCCCUCUACAUCAGCUUCGACAUCGAUGGCAUCGACCCGGCUUAUGCUCCGGGAACCGGGACCCCGGAGAUUGCGGGACUCACCCCGGCGCAGGCUCUGGAGAUCCUGCGCGGCUGCCGAGGGCUCAACAUCGUGGGAGGGGACCUGGUUGAAGUGGCUCCCGUCUAUGACGCUUCAGGGAACACGGCCCUUCUGGGAGCCAACCUUCUCUUCGAAAUGCUCUGCUCUCUUCCACAAGUGAAGUCAGCGUAAAGGUCUAACCCAGGCAGAAGUGAUUUGUGGAAAGAAGUUCACGGAUCCAGGCUUGAAUUAAACUUCAGUUCCUUUGCUUUGUGUCCUCAUUUGAGCUUUUUCCUGAAUGACGGGAAAGCUAUUGCGAGGCUUUCUCAGUAAAGUUUACUUGGAAAAAGCUCGCUUCCCUCUGAGGCUGAGCAGGGAUUCGAACCCAGGUCUCCAUCGCUGAAAACGAUGCCAAACGUUGGAAAGAAUGACCUGAAAGCAUUGCUGAGAAGCCGACCAAAGACUCGCCACUCGCAAGAAACAAGACAUUCCCCCCAAGACGAAUCUAUGACAAUAUAUUUUCAUACAAACCACACAGUUCGGUCACGCGUUCACAUAAGUUUAUUUUCCUUUUUCUUGACAAUCCGCACGCCUUCAAAGCGAAACCAAAAAAAAAAAAGCAAAAACCUAGAAUCAGUGCUUGUUUACAAAUGCAAAAUAAAAUAGUUUUGUCCAAUAAAU